GUAGUGAUGCUGAUGCCAAUUAUGGUCCAAAUCAGAGUCCCACAGUACUCGAUCUUUAAGAAAAUGGCAAUAUUGAUCUUUAGCAUAAUUCAGGAAGGAAUGAUCAAGAUCAUCCAAAUUAGCAUAUGGAAGAUAUGUGCUUCGUUGAAAUUAACUAACUAAUCUGAAAAAAGAUUUUUUAGUCCUUCAAUUAACAAAGCUCGGUUGUACAAUUGGCAUGAAAUAAAAUGAAGAUAAAUCAAACGUUAGUAAGCCCUUUUGCCUGUAUACGGAUGCCAACUUAUUAGUUGACAUAGGAUAUAUGUAGCUUCUCGUUUGUCUUGAAUUAUUAGCUCAAACCCAAUUAAGUGGGGAAAGUAAGAAGCAACAACUCCUCUUCCGACUUUCCGAGACCCUAACAAAUCAACUAAACUCAAUAUUAAUCAACACUUCUGAAAGCUCACCAUAAAAAAGCUACAAAAUAUUUAUAAUAUAUCACUGCUUAAUUACAAAGCACUAUAUAAAGACUCGACCAUCUCCCAUUAGUUUCCCAUCACAAGUACAAAACAUUUCAGUACACAAACAACAAACUUCUUUCUUUAAAUCCCAAUUGCAAGAGAGAAUUAAUGGCGAAAGAGUCCACCACCAUCGACAUCGGCGAGCCCAGCACCGUGACCAAAAGUUCAAGUCAUGUCGCAGUGGACGAGAAGAAGAAGGGAUUUGUGGCAGCAGCCGCAGGGGGUGGCUACAAGAGAGGUUUGACCAUAUUCGAUUUCCUCCUCCGUUUGGCGGCCAUAGGAAUCACCAUCGGGGCUUCCUCAGUCAUGUUUACCGCAGAGGAGACUCUUCCCUUCUUUACUCAGUUCUUACAGUUCCAAGCCGGCUACGAUGACUUUCCCACAUUUCAGUUCUUUGUGAUAUCCAUCGCCAUAGUCGCCAGCUAUCUCGUCCUUUCACUUCCCUUCUCCAUCGUAUCUAUUGUCCGUCCACUUGCGGUUGUACCCCGGCUCAUCCUCCUCAUCUCCGACACAGUGGUCCUGACGCUUACCACAGCAGCAGCGGCUGCUGCUGCCGCAAUUGUCUACCUUGCACAUAACGGCAACGCAAACACCAAUUGGCUCCCCAUUUGUCAGCAGUUUGGAGACUUCUGCCAGGCCACGAGUACUGCUGUUGUAGCCGCCUCUAUCUCGGUUGUCUUCUUCGUCCUUCUCAUCGUCAUCUCAGCCAUUGCCCUAAAAAGGCAUUGAUUUCAUAUUUCCCGAGUGUGAAGAUCGAAAGGGAUCUAGGUUAUUUCAUGUAUAUGUUUGUGGCGUGUGAUUUGUGUAACAUGAGAUAUUAAGUAUAUGUGGUAUCAUUAUGGUGUGGAAGUGUAACAAGAGUUCAUAUGUUUGAAGGAAAAUUGUCUUGGUUCAGCCUGAAAUCUUCCGAUGUGUAUAAGUAAGUAAAAAGGUUCUCG